GGCUUUUGAGAGGAGACCAAGAGAGACGGCUAAGAGAAAUUCAACAACAAAAGAAGAUCAAGGUACAAACUUUUUACAAUGGUUUAUUCCCAAAUACUCAUACCAUGAUUGACUUAGUUGUAGCUGGAUCAUUAAUGGGUAAAAUUCCUGAGGAAGCUUAUAAGCUAGUAGAGGAGAUGGCUUCAAAUAAUUGCCGAUGGAAUUCUGAACGAACACCAAUCAAAAGAAGUGCUGGAAUACAUGAAGUUGACACUCUCAAAGUCCUAACUGCUCAAGUGGAAGCCCUCCAUAAGAAAUUCGAUAAAUUGAAUGCUUCUACUAGGCAUGUCCAGCAUGUAACUUGUGAUUGGUGUGGAGGAGGACAUACAAGUGCUGAAUGUCAGUUCAUUGCUGUUAGUGAAUCAAGGUUUCAAAGUCAAGAAGCAGCAACCAAGAACCUGGAAGCAAUAGUCCAGAACCAAGGUGCAGCAAUACGAAAUUUAGAGGUUCAAGUGGGUCAGUUGGCAAAUAUGAUUUCUGGAAGAAACCAAGGAGCUUUACUCAGCAAUACAGAGAUAAAUCCCAAGGAACAUGUAAAUGCCAUAACUUUAAGAAGUGGGAAACAAAUUCGAAGAGGGCAAGACAUGAUAAGUGAAUCAAAAGAGAAAGAGAAAGAAAUUCAUGGGGAAGAUGAAGUUCAAGAACCACCCAAACCCAAGGAAAUCAAGCCAUAUGUGCCUCCCAUUCCUUUUCCUUAGAAGCAAUAGUAAUACAAUAAGGAAUUUGGAAAAUUUUUUGACAUGCUUAAGAAAUUGCACAUUAACAU